AUGUCAUCAUGUUUAUAUGAUAAAGCAAACAAAAGGUAUUUCCAUCAUAAUUGCAUAGCGCAAGAUUGUUGAUUUUACGUACGAGAUAUUUAACAUUGAUGCGGAUAUUCUGGCUAUUAGUAGUAUUUUUAUAAGUAAAUUUCCGGCAUUAAAGCAGAAAUGUCCUGUGUUGCCGCAGUGAUGAUAUCUCAACGUGGUAAACAUAACCUCGACGCCAUAUAACCUACCUCGAACAUACAAUACGGCUCCAUAUUCGUUCGUUGUUCAACCACGUGGAGGCGUUCUGAGUUAUCAGCGAAAAAGUAUGAACUGCUAUAAUACGAAUGAUUAAUAGUUAUAAAAAAUUUCAGAUUAUAAUCGAUGUUUAUUUUUGAUAAUGCAUACAUACGCAAUAGAAUGUCUUACGUCGAUAAGUUCAAGUCCGAGGAAUUUGAAGUUAUAACUUCGUGGUACUGACUUCGUAAAAGAAGUACUGAAAGUGCGCGAGAUCAAGUGCAUACGGUAAAGAACAGGCAACUGGAUAAUAAAUAGUUGAUAAUAAAUGAUACGAUAGUUCACACGCAAACGUAACAAGGAAAGAAAUUUACUUUAUCGAUACUCUUAGAGUUUGUACAAAAGUGGCAAAGCUAUUUUGAACUAAUUUUUUUUUUUUUAAUGUUAUGACAAUUUAUAGAAUAGAAUUAGUAUUUUAGUAUGCAAUGUCGAUGGACGGUCAUGUAAUUUUGUACAUGAAAUUCUCUGUUUCGUUAAUUUUAGCAUACGUUAUAUAAAACGACCAGGGAAUAUAUAUGUUGAGAAGACAUUGAUAAUAAUACGAACUAAAUAAACUAAAUAAAUAAAUCGGAAAGUUAAAGCAACAUAGUAAGCGAAAGAUUGACUUAUGUUCAUGUGUAGGUGUUUUUUCUUGCGUUUUUAGUUUUUUGAAAAUGCGAGGGGUCUUACUAAAAAUUAAUAGAAAAUGAUCGUAAAAUAAUGCAAGAAUAUUGAUUUCGAAGAGAAAAUUCGAAGGAAGAAAUUAGAGACGAUUCUACCGUGAUAAAUUUUUUUUAUCACGAAUGAAGACUAAUCGAUUCAGGUGCGAGUUAUCCUGGGCACCGACAAAUGAUGCUCGAAAUACCUUUAUCUGGGCAGUGGGCAUAGUGCCCGUAAGCGAGGUACAUACGUGCAUUGUGCGAGACUGACGAGAUAGUUCGCGUUGAUUGCGCGCUCUUUAUUCUUAUAAAAUCGACCAACGAGAAUUGGAUAAUUGUUCUUUUUCUUAAUAAUAAUAAUAAUAAAUCUAUAUACGUAAUAAAUGCUAUUUAACAUAUUAUUACUUUCAUAUAGUGUAAUAUUGUAAGGUAAGAGAGUUCAUUAUUCAUAAUAGUUCUCCCUCUCUCCCUUGUUCUUUCAUCUGGAUUCGUUUGCUUAUUCAUUUGUAUUUUUUUUUUUUUUUUUUGAUCGAAUGCUAUCGAUUCGAAUAAAACUAUUUGAGAAGGAUUUGAAAGGCAUUUGUUAUAUAAUAUUUUGAAUUAAAAUAGAAUGAAAGUGUGAUGAUUCGAAACGAAGUGUUGAAUGAAAAGAAUUUUACUCUCUCUCUUUCCAAAUCAUUUUUGCAAUGCAAAAUUAUCCCUCAGUCAGUUGAUCAUGUUUGCCCAACAUUCUUCAUGUUAUAAACUAAUUGUACGAUAAAUGUCAAAUUGAAGAAAGAGAGAGAAAAAGUGAAGAGGGAAAGAGAAAGGGAGAGAAAGAAACAAAAUUAUUUCAAAUUAAUUUUACAUUUGAAAAAGAGACGGAGUAGCGCGAUGGGCCGCAGAAAGCAUCGGAGCAAAGGAAGUAGCUUACCGUCGAAGACGACGAAAUGUAACUUUGCUUCUGAAAAACCAACGAUUUGCGACGAAGCCGAAGCGAAAGACGAGAGGAAAACGAGAGCAACAACAGAGAGAAGCAUAAUAACUGGCGAUACGUGUUACAAGAAAGGAAGACCAGACGAUCUUCACGAAACGAAUAAUCCAAUCGGUGUACGUUCUCGACUAACGUACCCGUUGGUACAGCCGUUUUUAUUCGUUGAUCCAUCGAUACUAUCGAACGAGGAUGAGAACGAGGAUGAAGAAUGCAUCGAAGUAAGCGUGAAACCACGAUUCGUAUUCGUGUCGAGCCUCUGCAUGGUUUGCCUGCAAAAGUCCACGUUGUUUUGCGAACGUUGCCGAAUGGUGUCUUAUUGCUCGGCAACGCAUCGAACGCAGGGACUGUCGCAGCAUCGCGAAUUAUGCGAACCACUGACAGAGAUUCACUCGUCCAUCGUCUUGGCGCUUUCUGAUGAAUCUGGCGUACAAUUAGACGCGGACCAGUACCGUAUUUACCGGUUAGAGUUGCUGGCGAUUCUCGAGUCUGAGAUCGAACGGUCGUUGGACCUUUGGGAAAAGGAAGUCAUAUUAUAUCCUAGAGUCUGUCGAGUCUGCCGUCGUUUUAGCGAGAAAUUGAUUUGUUGCACGCAAUGCGGCAUGGAAUACUUUUGCAAGGAACACGAGCAAGAGCACAGAAAUUGGUGCAUCGAGUUUCAAGUUUUCCAAAGAUUUUUGCAUCUUCAGCAUCGACACGGUUGCGUCGAGCCGGAAAUCCCGAAUGCGCAUCUGGAUAUGUUCGUCGCGAAGCCGGGAUUCGAUUUUGAUAAACUGAUGCAUGAAAUCUAUGGGAAUUCCUUGUACUAUCGUCAAAUGGACUGUUACACGUAUUCUGUGUUGUCGCAUUUGUGCACGAUUCCACUGACGGCUCUUUACUCUAUGCAAGCUUCUUGCACCGAAUGGCAAGACAAAACCGAUUGGGUUAUUCACGUACUGGGCGCGGAAUUUCAGUUCGAAGGUAUAAAUUUAGACGUCUGGGAAAAACUGUUCCUUCAUUUUUUACCGAAAUUGAAGAGGCUUCAUUUAAUUUUGAUCGGGCCAGAGCUACGAUUGCCAGGCGGCGUGCCCCUUCAAUUUUUGUCCACGGUUAACAUUUGCAACAAAUGUAAAUCCGCUGGCAGAGCUGUUGUCGUUUCGUUUAAACCGGAGAAGCUUUACCACGAUCUGGCUCGCGACGCGUCGGAACAUCUCGCUGUUCCUGAUUUAAUUUGUCUUUACAAUCCUGGCCUCUACCGGGAAACUGGAUUUGCUGGUAAAGACACGUGGUUCGAAACGAUACGUGAAUUUUCUAAAACGUUAGUCCCAACCGCUAUCACGUCUUAUACCAAGGAAGAAAUGCUUUGGGAAAUAAACCGAGUGAACUCGGUCUCGAACGUCGAAGUUCUUUUACCACCGUGUAAAAAUCCGUUUGCAUCGGUGAAGCCGGAUCGAAACUUUGUUAGCGAUAAUAUUAACCCUCUUAUCUAUAAGAAUCACUACAUUGCCAUUGUUAAAGGGAAAUCGAUAUUGUUACCAGCUAAUUUGCGUAUAUAUCACAGAUGAAACUGCAUUAAUUAAAUUAAACCUAUGUCCUGAAACGCUUGCAAACGCGUUACCAAUGUGCACACAUGCACAUACGCAAGUAUAUAAAUAUAUAUGUACCAUGUAAAAGGGAUGUGCGAAAAUCCAAAAAUAUUAAGUCGGAUCAGAUUGAUAUUUUUUUUCAAAAUCGUGACGAAUCCCAAAAGCAUUUCGAGAAAAUAUCAAAAAAUACAUUUCGGGAUUACUUUAUCUCUCGUCAUAUUUCUUAAAUGAGAAAUUUUAUCAUUUCAUACUUCAUAGGAUUCAGAAAUGUUUCAAAAAUAAAAAAAAUGGUCAUAUUCAACAAAGCUAAUGCCAAAACGUGUUUCAGAUUCUCGAAAUUUUCGAAAAUUCCGAUAUUUCAUCUGUUCAUCGGAAUUUAAACUGAUUAAUUAUUAAUUACUACCAAUCAUAUUAAAGAAGAAGAAAUUUGCUAUUAAUUACGUAGGUAUACAUACUCGGUGUUAGGGAGAUUUAAUAACUUAUUAAUAAUUUAAUUAUAUUUAAUAAUUUUGAAAAUUGUUAUUAAUCGUAAUCGUUAAUGAUCAAAAUAUUAUAUAUUAAUAAUAACAAUCAGAUUAUAUUAUAUCAAAAUAUAUUCGAGGAAUUGAGAUAUUUCACAAUGCAGAAAUAUUCAGAUAUUGCAGCAACUUAUUAUUUCUACUCGUUCCCAGAUAUUUUCCUGAUUUUCAGAUUUUCGCACAUCUCUAGUAUGUAGAGCCGAAUAUUGAAAUAUGAAUUGUGAAAAUUAUAUACAAAGGACAAUUCGUAUUGUCGAACACUGUGCUCUAAAUUUAGUUAAAAUUAGUUACUUGCAAAAAUAUUCGCUGCUUACGUGUAUGUGUAUACCAUUCACAAGUAUCAGGAAAUUUUAAUUCAUUCAUCAACAAUGUUGAUGAAAUGUUUAAAUUAAUGACAAAUCAAUUGUCGAAAGCAAUAGUUAUUAUUAGACUGUGAGCGUUUUAUGAAUUUAUGGGAAAUUUGACGAUGUAAAAAUAGAUAUAAAACAUAAAGUAUGUAAGAAUAUACAUAACGUAUCCAAGGUUUAUAAUAUUCAGUAAAUAAACGAAAUUACUGCUUAGGUUCUAUUUACAACAGAAAAUAUAAAAUAUUUACAAACAUGUACAAAUUCAAAUUAUUUAAAUGGUAUAAAUUUGAGCAAAUAUCUAUAGUCUGUUUGCGGCCUUUUAUAGAAUUGUAGAUCUUUUUUAUUUUGUAGAUUUUUUAA